GUCAUAUACAAAACUAGAGCUCUAGAGAGAAGGAUAUAACAUAAUCAAUCUCCAGAGGGAAUUCAUGCGGUGUUGGAGUGGUAUCAUACACAUAUCGGUAAUGCAACAUGUACACUGACUCAGUGAUAUUGGGUGCGGUCGGAGCAACUCUGGGUGUUAUCUCACUCACAUUUUGUAUCAUCCAAGCAAUCAUUAUGGUCAGAUUGAAUAAACGGAUUACGCAGCUAAUCAAGUUCAAUACAAGGUUGGACGAUAAAAAGCUUCCGAAAAUUACAGAGGAUGGUGAAGACGACCUGCGUGGAGUUGAAAAUAAUGAAUCCGCUCCUCCAGAUGAUGACUAUGAUGACGUUGUUUCUCCUUAUCCGGUUAUGCAGCCUAAAUCACCACAUCAACCAUUACAAUAUAACUCGUCCAUAACUAAUUGCUUAGAGAGUUACACUAGCGAUUCGCCUACAGCUGAACGCGGAUUAAUCUCGCCCACAGUGGCUGAACUCAAGGACAGUCUGGCAUUACCCCUUAAGAAAGUAUUUGAAAAGAGUUGCACGUUGGAUGGUCGAAACAGGAUCGAUGGUCCAGAUCGACAAUUUCAGAAAUCCAUUAGACCGCGAGCGCUUACGAGUAAUGCGUUGGUAGAAGGGGAGAGGUCGUCACGAAUACAGAGGACACCAACUGACAAGUUAGAAACAGACUCUACUGUAAGUACCCCUGGAGCAAACGGAUCACCUUGCAAUAAUCCUAUAGCAUAUGUUGUGACUGAAAUUGUAGAUGUCAAUGACACCAAGAAGCGACCCAGUGUCCGUCUUCGAGAAAGUCGACCAAUGAAAAAAUUUUCAAAUACUAUUCAGAAGCAGCUCGAUAAACCAGAGCCCUUUUAUUUUGGGUUGGAACAGACAUCAAGGUCUGAAGGAGAGAGUUUCCAGGAAAAUCAACCCAUUGCCCUGCAUCCUGUGAAGAAACAUGAUGUCAACAAGAGAUGGCGUCAAGUAUUGCCGAUCCUUACAAAUAGGGAUAAAAUGUGUUACCCUUGCGACGUAACCGAAAAUAAUUGUGCCGUUUCGCCUGAUAAGGAUGGCCCAUCUUUGAGAAAUAUGAGUGAUAAUAACAACAAGUACAAGGAAAAAAUCGCCUUGAAGCCACCUCCAACCAAAAAGGGGAAACAGGUCCUGGAAAAGUCAUCGAGCCUUGGGAACCAAAAUGGUGGGACAUGGUCUCCUAAAACUUUAGAACGGCAUCGCAUGCUACUUGGUAAACCUAUCGAUAUUUCCCCUCAAAGGGGUCCCAACAGGCCUCAAACCGAUCCGCUCCAGGAAGGUGUAACCACGCAAUACGAGUUGGUAGAAUUGCCUUCCAUGCAGUCUGUUGGCUCAGUAACAUGUGCAGAAGGUUCAACCGGUUACUCUAAAAUUGUUCGGCAAUACGAUGGUAGGAGACGUGCUUCAUCAACAGGAUCGUCUGACUUGUUAGGAAGACAAAAUGAUAAAUCAUAUAAUAAACUAAUGAUAGGUAUAUAGUCUGACAUAAACCUCGGAAAUACGUACUUUGAUGAUUGCAGACAUUAACCACGCUCAAUUAUUGGACUAAGCAAACUCUAUUAAGAGUUAUAUAUCGCAGAGAUAAUAAGGGGAGUGGUGGAACACUGAAUUAGCUAAACUUGAAAAAUACCGAAGUUUCAAUUGCACUGAUUUGAACUAUACUCUGCUAUAUACCUAAAGAAUGACUAAGAACAACAUCCUUACGUUGAUCAUCAUGACCGUCGUCACCUGAAUAUGAUAUGUUGAAGAGAACAUGUACUUGUUGCUACAAAGUCAAGUAUGAAAUUAUGGGCCAUCGUAUGACAUUGGCAUUUCGCCAGAAUGCAGUUAUCGUUGGUGAUUAUAUCAAUAAUUUAAUGAUUUUAAGCCUAGUUGAAGGAGUAACAAAGCACAUUUUAAUUACAAUUUGCGCGCAAAAACUAAAUUUAUUCCACAGAAAUGUAAAAAAGUAAACAUUCUCCGCUGUUCCUUGACCUUAGUUAUACUCCUAAUGAGUCCUAACAAAUAAAUCGGUUAAUUUGUACAAUCGAUAGCACGUUUGGAAUGUCAUAUGCCUUUAUCAUGUGCAUCAAAUCAUUAUAGCAUUGAUAAUAAUUGUCAAUUGGUAGUAAAGUUUUUAAUUUGUAUCAUUCCGAACUGAUUAUAGCGAUGCAAUCAAAUGAAAGCAAAUACCUGUAUACCGUGUCGUAAACAAAAAAAUAUUUUUAAGUAACUUGAAGUAUGUAACUCAUGUCUAGUCCUAUCUUCAUGCAACCAUUGAAUACGAGCAGAAAAACUCAAGUCGGACUAAGAUAACACUUUCACCCAUCUGACCUACUAUUUCUUUUCUUUUUUUUUUAAUUCUAAGAGAGUAUGUAAGCAAUGACAAUGUGCAAUAUAUUGAUGUGACUUUUCAACACUUUCUCAUAAAAUUACUGUCCUUACAAACUCAUUUUGUCUCGGAACUUCUGUCUCAUCAUAUUAUUUAACUAAACAUAUAAAUAUAUAUGUUUAUAAACAGAUGUACAUUGCGGAGAGAAUACCCUUUUUUUUUGCCGAAGGUAUGGUACUAUAAGAGGUCACAGCACCUUGGUAUGGGCCUCAACCCCACUCUUUUUCAAACAUGUACAGAAACGUAAAAAUGACCACCGGAUUGUGCCUCAAGUUCGCAUUGUCACGCCAGCCCCUCCCCACUCUCCGCCCCUACACGCUUUCAAAACCGUUCCAUGGUGCCGAGGUGCGUUAACUCUUGUUUGAAUAUGUCACUAAAUGAAAUAUUUUUUCAUGCAAUCAAUCUUCACACUUAUACCAGCACAAUGUUACCAUGGUUAUAUUCACUUCACUCUUGUUUACAACUGAUGACAAAUAUAUGAAUUUUAUGUUGAAAUGUUAAACAGUACUUUCUCGCACGAUAAUUUAUGUAAAUAGCAGGAAAUUGUAUUCUAAUAUGGAGCUAUCUUAUCACUAUUCGUGUUAUUGCUUUGCACUCCUGGAAUAUUUUUUUUUCUCUAUUAUUGAAUAUGUAAAUUUUCAUCCUGUACUUAGCUUUGAUUAAAACUAUCAAUUAUAAUAUAAACUAAAUCAUUCCUGUAAGCACAUUAUAUUUGCUUGUUAAUAAGUGUAACAUGUAUAUCAGUUGCAAUAUUAAUGUAUAUUCCUCCGUCAUGGUCAAAGUUAACCUGGGUGUAUGAUACUGAUUUAAACGACACGCCAAUUUCAAGACUAGAAGUGGAUUUGAGUAAACUAAAACUAGAACUAUCACUGAAGGUGAUUAAUACCCCCGCCGUAUGCCGUUACCAUGACAACAGUUUCCCAACACAUGGAAAAAAUAUGUCUUGCCGAGUAUUACCUCAAGACCAAUGUGUGAGCUAAAUAUCAUGAGAAUUGGUUAAAAACAGAUGAAGUAGUUAAAACUGCAAGAUUUUUUUUUUCUAUUUUUGAAUACAAUCAUGAUGAAGUAAUUCAAACAGCAAUAUUUUCACCCAAUAUUCACCAUACAAUAUCUUGUUACCAUGGAAACAUGAUUUCUGACACACACAUUAUAAAUGUCUUGCACAUCUUUACCUCAAGACCAAUGGGUGUGCCGAAUUUUAUGAGAAUUGGUUAAAACUGAGGAAGUAGUUCGAACUGCAAGAUUUUUACCUUAUUUGAACCAUAUAGUAUGCCGUUACCAUGGCGACACAAUUUCUGACACAUAAGAAAAAUGUGUCCUGAACAUCUUUACCCCAACACCAAUAUGUGUGCCAAGUUUCAUGCGAAUUGGUUAAAAACUGUGGAAGUAGUUCGAUGCGCAAUAUUUUAAACUUAUUUUUGCCAUAAUAUGCCAUUACCAUGGCAACACAAUUUCCGACACAUACGAUGAUGAUUUUUACAAAGAGGCAAGUUGUAAUUAAAGCUGAGCAUGUAUAUAAUUUAUUCACUUUAUCUUACACAUCAAAUCACCAGAUUUGUCAGAUAGCGUUAAAAACAAGCGCUAUUUGGACUACAGGGCCAAGGCCAACACGUUACAAAAGACAAAUUGUUAUUAUCAAAACAGUUAUUAACCCGACUAUUGUACCAUCUCCUGUCAUAGUUUUGCAUCUGCUUACUAUUGUAUGAAUAAAUUUUAAUUUAUUGAGGUGAUUUUCAUUCGAUAAUGAAUGAUGAGUAGAAACACAAUAUGUUUUAGCUAUAGCAAUGUAGGUUUCAGAUUGGCACCUCAUCGUUGAGAGACGGACCCGUAGUAGAAAGGAUUGAUUGAGAAAAAAAAAUGAUAAAAAUAGGGGCUCCAAUGGGAAGAACAAAGAAGAGAGACAACAAGAAACGGAGCGAGUGAAAUACUUUGCACAAUAAAACAAUCAAUAUGAUUUAAUAUUCUUAUGAAUGCACAUUAAGAUGUGACACCAGAAUUUGAAGAAAAAAAAAACCCACACCAUUUAAUGCUACAUUAAAUCAGUGAUCUGACGAUCGUAUGGACGAGGAUCACAUUCUGGGAAUGACCGGGGUCAACAUUGCAUCUGUGUGGUUCAAAUUAAUAAUUACUUAUUUUGCAUAAUUUCAGUAGGCCAAUACAAAAAUGUUUGGAAAUCAUGAUAUGAAUAAUGAAAACAUCUCGCAAUGUAUAUUUACAUUGGAGGCAUACAAUUUAACUGCAGUAUAACGAGUUUAAUGUCAACAAUCACUCUACAACGUAAAAAAUACAGUUUCUGUGACACCAAACCAUUCCUUUGAAAACACUUCUUCGAAUUCAUCCAACAAUAAGUACUUCUGAAUUCGCUGAAAUUGCAAUUAUCUACAAGCAAGCUUUUUAUUAUGUAAAACACCAUAAUAUAUAGCACUUAUAUACAAAGUAUAGGAAUACAAUCAGCAUUGUGAAAUUUUUAACAAAUUAUAUUACAUUUUUAAAUAAAAAUAAACCAUUUGUAUUUAUAAAUAAAAUACGGUAUACAUGCAUAACCAAACAACUAUUCUGAAUCAAUUUUUGCCUCUCAUUAUCAGAGGAAGUAUCUAAGCAGAAUGCACAUAUAAAGGGGGGGGGGUCACAAAAAAAUCGGGAUACACGAUUAAUUAUGUUACGUUUCUCUAUAACGUAUCAUGUAAUCAUGCAACUCGGCAAUAUCCAACCAACAAGAGAAACUUCGUUCAAAUUGGAAUGUCAAUAAAUCAAUGUCCAAUGGUUUUCCGUUUUGCUC